AUUUCAGUUUGGUUCUUGGACUUUUGGGGCUGCGUGCUUUGAAGAACAAGUCCUCGUUUUUAAGUCCGCGACCUCAGAACGUUGCAGCCCCCGAAUUGGGACAAAGCUAUCAUUUGUGAAGUCUCAGGUGGGCACUCACUAAAUCCUUGGUGUUUCGAGUCAGACGUGAUCACCCAAACGUGUUUUUUCGUCAAUUUUAACAAUCAUAGGUAGUUUAGAUGGUUAGGGUUAGGGUGUGGGUUAGGGUAAAGGUUUCGUAAGACUUGAAACAACGAAGAUUUAGUCAAAACCAACAAGCCACGCCCACGGAUCUGACUCGAAACACCAAGAAUUAAGUGAGUGCCGUCUCAGGUGAUGACUCGAAUUGGAUAAAUCCUUGGUGUUUCGAGUCUGACGUCAUCACGUAGCCGUGUUUUGGCACGUUUAAGAAUCAUAUGUAGUUUAGAUACUUAGGAUUAUGGUAAGGAUUUCAUAAGACUCGAAAAAGCAAAGGUUUUAGUCAAAACCAAACAAGCCACGCCCACAGAUGUGCUUCCUCUAAGAGGCGACGCCACGCAGGUGACGUUAUUUUUCCUUUUGGUUCGUUGGUUGAGUUCCUGGCGCGUGCUUUAAAUGUGUAAACAACAUGUUACGCACAGCUUUUUUACACAGGCAGCACAAUUUCAACGUAUAUCGAUGCUGUUUAUCUGUGUUUGUGCUGCUUAUAAACACAGCCUCACCACACUUGAUAGUUAAAGGUAUUGAAGGAGAAUCCGUCAUCUUGGAGUGCGUUCACAAACAUGUUGAAGUUGCAGAACAACAACUUGAGGUCCACUGGAGACACAACGACAUCAGGAAUGUUUAUGAUAUUAUGCACGGCAAGAUUUCUGUGAAGGAACAGCACUCAGAGUAUAAAAACAGAGUGUCUGUUGUACUUGAGAAGUGCAAAACCGGCAAUUUCUCUCUCAAACUGGAAAAUCUUCAACGAUCUGAUGAAGGAACGUACCUCUGUUUUGUCCCAGCUGUGGAUGUUUUUCAGAAUGUAGAACUGGUUGUCAAAGGUCGUAUUGCAGUGACAGCAAAAUCUUUUCAACAAUACAGAGCUGGUCGGUUAAGAAGUCAAAGUACAGACACAAGACUGGGACUGAUUCUCCAUCUAAUCCCUGUAUUUGGAUUUAUUACGCACAUUAUUUAAAUGUGCUGUUUUACUAUACAUAAGAGACUGAUCAGAGAACAAAAGUGACCAAAGUUUACAGAACCAGAGGAAGGUUAAUGAUGUCUAGGUGUCAAAAACAUGUUUUAAAUGUUAUUUACAUUUUUGUCGUAUUUUUCCUAUCUGAAUGGUUUCAUUUCAGCUU